AUGGCCCCAGCUGCUAGAGCCGGUGUGAAACGUUCUGCCGACGAGGUAGAUUCGCAAGAUGACUUUACCAGUGUUUAUGGAUCGCGAUAUGCUAUUCAGGACUUGCCGAGUGCAGAUAUACCCGAUGAGUCGAUGCCGCCUGAGAUUGCGUACCGCAUGAUCAAGGACGAGCUCAGCUUGGACAAUAACCCGAAGCUAAAUCUCGCCUCCUUCGUAUCAACAUACAUGGAAAAAGAAGCAGAAGACCUCAUGAUGGAAGCCAUGUCCAAAAACUUCAUCGACUUCGAAGAAUACCCCCAAACAGCAGAAAUCCACAACCGCUGCGCCAACAUGAUCGCGAACCUCUUCCACGCGCCACAGAACACCGCCAUCGGGACAUCAAGCGUAGGCUCCUCCGAGGCCAUCAUGCUCGGCGUCCUGGCCAUGAAGCGCCGCUGGAAGCAGCGUCGCCAGGCGGAAGGGAAAUCCACUGACAAUCCCAACAUCAUCAUGUCUUCUGCCGUGCAGGUGUGCUGGGAGAAGGCGGCACGGUACUUUGAAAUCGAGGAGAAGUAUGUGAAUUGCACGAGGACGCGGUUUGUGAUUGACCCCAAGGAGGCGGUGGAUAUGUGUGACGAGAAUACGAUUGGGAUUGUGGCCAUUUUGGGGACGACAUACACGGGGGCGUAUGAGGAUGUCAAGGCUAUUAGUGACUUGCUUGUUGAGAGGAAGUCGGAUGUGCCGAUUCAUGUUGAUGCUGCGAGUGGAGGGUUUGUGGCGCCGUUUGUGGUUCCCGAUCUUCAAUGGGACUUUCGAGUCGAGCGUGUGGUUUCUAUUAAUGUUUCUGGACAUAAGUAUGGUCUUGUGUACCCCGGCGUAGGAUGGGUGGUAUGGCGCUCGUCAGAGUAUCUCCCCAAAGAUCUCAUCUUCAACAUCAACUACCUCGGCGCCGAACAGUCCUCCUUCACACUCAACUUCUCUAAGGGCGCCUCCCAAGUCAUCGGACAGUACUACCAGCUCAUCCGUCUAGGCAAAGCUGGCUACCGCCACAUCAUGUGCAACCUCACCAAAACAGCAGACUACCUCGCGGAUGCUCUUCGCGAAAUAGGCUUCGUCGUCAUGUCCGAAGGACACGGGAAGAGCUUGCCCUUGGUUGCUUUCCGCUUCCCCGGCAGAGAUGAAGGCGAGAUCGAGGACAAGGACUUUGACGAAUUUGCGUUGGCGCAGUAUCUCCGCGCAAGGGGGUGGGUUAUCCCCGCGUACACCAUGGCCCCUGAGACGGAGCAGAUGAAGAUGAUGCGGAUUGUGGUGAGGGAGGACUUUUCCAAGAGUCGGUGCGAGCUGUUGAUCAAGGAUAUCAAGUUGUGUUGUCAGCAUUUGGAGCAGGACAGUGAGCAGUUUAUCAAGAGGCUGCAGGAGCAUAUGGGCGAGCACAUCACUGCUGGGAGGAAGAUUAGGGAUCCGAUGAGUGAGGCGAAGGAGGCUUUCAAGAAUGAACAACAUUCGCUGCAGGGAAAGACUGGAAAGAGUCAUGCCAUUUGCUGA